UUUAAUCCCACGAUCUGCGAGUAGAUUAGCCGUGUCUGAACUACGGCGCUAGUGAUGGCAAGAGGGUGAUGCACUGACGAUUGGGAAACAAAAACAAAUACACAAAACACGAAAUCACCUAACUACAAACAACGACCAAAAAUACGUGCUCCAUAGACUAUUCUGUAUGUUUCGUACAAAGCAAGAAUUAAACUUUUUUUUCUGGCUCAUGCACCCACAGAUCUAUUGUGGUUGCUGUUGAGGAGGGGAAAUCAAUAAUUCUAUUUGUGUUUUUUAACUUUCAGCUUUGCAUUGUUCUUGGAAAAUUGUGUGACGUUUGCAAAUUCCUUGAACUUUGGCAUUGGGAGCCCACUUUUGUUUGGCCCCCCGUCUUUGCAGCUCGCCCAUAUUAAGACACAGCUGGUCCUACAGCAGUUGAACUUGGUUGCUCCCAGCAACCACUCACUGCCGGCUUUGUCGCUGCUCAGCCAAGCCCUGCUGAAGAACACCAUGUCACACCCUAUGUAUAACCCAAGGGGACCCUUUCCUGGUCAGAGAACAGUGGUGCCCAGCCAGUAUGGCAUGAACCACCCGCAGAACAUGAUGAUGCAAGGGGGUCACAUGGGGUCACAAGGGAUGCAGGGGAUGCAGCCUCAAGGAACGCUACCUCAGAUGAUGCCUCAACAGAUGGGUUUUCAAGGACCUUUGCACAGGCCAUCUCCCCCAGUCCAAAACACUCUUUCAAAGAUCGACAUGCAGAUCCGAAGCACCCAAGAUGAAGUCCGCAUGCUGUCGCAGGUGUUGCAGCAGAUGAACCCGAGGUUAAAGAAGGAGAAAAUGGAAGGUGUUCUUCCCCCACGGCCAAGCCAGGAAAAGCAGAGGAUGAUGAGCAGAGUGGAAGACAGAGGACAGGACUGGUCUUCCUACCAGGCCCCACCAACCAAGCUCUUUGCUUCAUGGUUCAGAGAUGCUCCGGAGAGGAGUCACGCUGAAGGCAAGGAGAGCCAGCCAGCUCCACGGUCAGUGGAGAGUCGCCAAAACCGAUACACGACAGAGAGCACCACCAGCAUCCUGGCCAGCUUCGGACUGUCCAAUGAAGACUUGGAGGAGCUCAGCCUUUACCCAGACGAGCAGCUCACGUCAGACAACUUGCCUUUUAUUUUAAGAGAUAUUAAGCUGCAGAAAAUGAAAAGACAUUUGUCUGGCGUGGAUAGGCCUCCGUCGUCUCCUGGAGGCGGGGAAGUGGUAGGCAGUGAAUUGCAGCACAGCAAAGUAAUCGAUUAUGGACAUUCAAGCAAAAUUGGUUGUUCAGAGCAGCCUGUGGAACGGCCAAUCUACAAACAAGAAGUGCCAGCUAAGGAACAGGCUUUUGGAGGGCCAUCGAGCAUGCAGCUCAAAUUUGCAAUAGAGACACUGGUCUCUAAAGACAACCGUGGUCGGCAUACUUUUUCUAAUCGUUUUGCCAAAACAGACUUGCCUGUAGACAAAAUGUCACAGACGACCUUACCUGGCAGUGCAGCUAGAGCGUUGAAUAAGCAAGCAACCAGCCAAAAUCCAGUCAGCAAGCCCACCAUAAGCAACCCUCUCAGAGCCAGCCAGGUGGAAGGCAGUGGAUUGGCGAAAGCUUUCCCGCUGUCCAAAGGAUCCUGGACCCUGGCGUUUCCCGUGAGCGAUUCAUCGUUGAGCAAGAGGCUGCCGACCCCCACCAUGAAGAACGAUUAUUAUGCUGCCUCUCCAAGAAUCUUUCCCCAUACAUGUUCACUGUGUAACAUAGAAUGUAUACAGUUACAGGACUGGAUUGAACAUCAGAACACAGCUCUUCAUAUUGAAAGAUGCAGGCAUUUUCGCCACCAAUACCCUGACUGGGAACCUGAGAUAUUGCCAAAUUUGAGGAAUGUGUCAAACGUUCCACAGCAGAGUAAGAGCCCGAAGAGGCGCACCAGGUCCAUAUCACCCAGCCAACGGCGGUACUGGGGUCGACCAUGGUCAAGAAGUCGCUCUGGGUCAAGGGGUCGCGUGCGGUACAGCCGGUCUCGCUCGCGGAGCCCCCCCAGGUAUAGGCGCAGCAGGUCGCGGAGCCCGCCUCGCCGCCGUCCCCGAUUCAGACCCCGCCGGUCUCGCAGCCCAUCGCCCCAACACCGCAGGACUUGCUCACGCACACCCCCUCGCAGGUCCUGGAGCCCCCCGCCUGCCUGCCGCUCCCCUCACAGGGUGAGCCCUCAUAGGGUCAGCCCCCGGCGAUGCAAUCGAUCCAUCAGCAGUGAGAGGCUGGCCAAGAAACUCAUCCAGUCCACAGGUUUGUCUGCUUCAGAAAAUACUUCCUUGGAGGCUAUGAUGCAGACCCUGGCCCCUGCCAUCCUUGCGGAGCUGGCCAAGAAAAAGUCAGCCAGCGCCAGUGUCUCUUCUUCCACUUUCAAGUUGCACGGCUCCAAGACACAGAGCAAGCCCUCUGCAACAGCGACCAAAAAAAAGAGUGGGUCUUCUGCAAACACCAAGAAAGAGAUUUCCUCCUCGACUGUGUCAGCAAGAAAUACAGAGGCCAUCUCAGAAAAGGAUUCAAAAACCGUUGAUCAAGAUAUUGCCGUCGAAGGGAUUAUUAAACCCAAGAACAUCAACGGGGUCACAGUUCGCAUCUCUGAUUUGCCAGAAUCCAAGUACACAGACCAGGAUUUCAUUCAAACUUUUCAGCCCUUUGGAGAAGUCAGCCGUGUGUUGCUAAUUAAGCGAAAAAAGGAGGCUUUUGUGACCAUGCAGUUUGAGGAGGCAGCCAAGGCAGUAAUUGAGUUUGCUAGAACGGAUCAUUUGCUGAUCCGGGGGAGACGAGUGAAAGUCACCUUGGAAGGCAAGGAUAAAAAGGAACUGAAGAAGCCAAGCCCAGUUAUACAGAAAAAAGAGGGGACAAAUGUAGAGUGUAUAAAGAAUACAGAAACCAAAAACUCAGAAGCCAAGGAUGGUAAGAAGCUUCAGAAGAAGAAAGAGAAGGAGCCCGUGAAACCUGUGGUCCUGAUCACUGGCCUUCCAGAAAGUGGUUACACCGAAAAAGACCUUACAAAACUGGCCAUAGAUUUUGGUUCAUCAAAGGUUGUCAUUGUUCCAUCACAUAAAAAGGCAUAUAUGGAGUUAUCAAACUCAACAUCUGCAGAUGCAAUGGUUAACAUUUACAAGUCCAUUCCAGCUAAAUUAAUGGAGAAUGAACUGAGCAUUACACUGCUGCCAACAAACAUAGACCUGCAAAGUUCGGAGGCUAUCUUCAAAGAUAUACUUGGACUGACCAGAGCUGAUGCUUCUAAGUGUGCAAAGAAUACAUGCAAGCGACCAAGUCUAAAGGAGUUAAAUAGGCUUCCGCAGAAAUUGGUAACUAUCAGCAAUUUGCCAGACGAAGGCAAUGUAACUGAAGAGCUGCUGGAAAUGGUUAAGAAGUUGGGGAAUGUGAGGCGCUCUGUCUGCUUGAAGGACAAGCUCAUUAUAGAACUGGAGACACCAGCUGUGGCCAAGAUGGUGUGUAAUCAUUACAAUGAGUUCCCCUACACCAUGCAAAACAAAGUCCUUGAGUUCUCCAUGUCUCCAAAAGCAUUCUCCAGGGAACAGAUCCAAAAAGAUCUGAAUCAAAAACCUGAUAAAGCGCCCAAGACAACCACAGCUGCCAGUAAACCAGCAACUUCAAGCAAGGCCGCCGAUUCAAGCAAGGCUGUGGUUACAGCUCAACCUACCCCCGGCUCAGUCUCGGUCACUGCAACACCAUCUGUCACCGCUGCCAGUGUCUACACAGUGCCGAGUCAACCAGUAGUUACCAGCAACCCAAAUCCUGCUCCUCUGCCCACAAGUAUCAGCAAGCCUGAUGCAACCAGUGCUACAGCAAAUGCUAGUGAGCCCACAAUAGCUGCUGAGUCAGUUGAUUUCAAUCAGCCGAAAACUGACUGCAAAGAUGCUCUCACAGCAACUGCAGGUACAAGCAAGCCUCUAGAGUCCAACGGCCUCAAAGAAACAAGUACGGCCAUAACAGCCUUCAACUCAACGUCUGGUAGCUCAUGUAAAUCUGGAGGUCUGACAACAGAGCAAAGCAAACCAGCAGUUCCAAAGACUGAGGCUUCCAGUGCCAGCUCCCUAGAAGCAGCCUGCAGUCUUCCAGGAGCAAAGAGUGAGCCUACAACUCUCAUUACCAGCCUCCCCACAUCCACCAUGCCAGUAGAGGACAUCAACCAAUCUAAGAACAGCAGUCUGUCCACAUUAACAAGCAAGACCACGAGCAAGGUCACGGUUACUAGCCCCCCUGCACAAACAAGCAAGCCAGCAAAUGAAAAUCCAACCACACCCACAGUCAACAUCACAGUGAUCAGUGAACCUGGGGCUGCUUCAAGUGAUGCAGAGGCAGUUACGACCCAGGAGACGACAAACCUGCCAGCUCCGGACUCCCAGGUGAGCACAGAGGCACCUACAGACGCUCCUGAAGAGAUGGACACUGCUGCCUCCUCGGUAACCGAUGAUGUUCUAAAAGUCCUGGAAACUUCAAUGCAGGAAGGUGGUGCUCUAUCUAAAGUAACAUGCAUCAGUCUGGCUGAUGGUCUGGCUCAAGAAGUUAGUGGUUCAAACGCAGAUGAGUCUUCUGCGGGCAGCACAGAGAUGGUACCUGUGGUGACGGCCUCCGAUGCCAAAUCUACUCCAGAAGUACAACUCAAAGAGGAAACCCUAGCAGCCACUGAUAAUGCCGCAGACGCCAUAGUCCCUGAAAAACCUAAAGGUGUUAAAAGCAAUAACAAUCCCAAACUAGCUUGCAAGGAGGCCAGCCAGCAGGCAGAAACCAGCGCAGCACCAGACAGUACCCGCAGGACCAGAGAGACCAGGAGGACUGUGGCAAAAAUGGAGCCCAAGAAAGAGGUGGGCCAAUCCAGCCUUGCACAGGGGGGCAGGGGGAGUGCGACUGGGAAUCGGAGGGGCAGGGAGGUCUGCAGCCCAGAAGGGGGCCGCCAGGGACGGGAGGUCACUUGCUCCCUGCAAGACCAAGAGAAGGAGAUGAAGGCAACCAGCCAUGGAAAGAAGCACAAGAGUUAUGGCUCUGGCAGGUCAACCAGGUCUACAAGGAGUAAUUUAAAAACAGAUGUGAAAGCGAAGGAGCAGGAAGCGGAGGAUGAGAUGUUUACCUUCAACCUGGAUGAGUUCGUCACGGUGGACGAGGUAGGAGACCAGGCCUCGGCCGCCCAGGAUCCCCUCAAGAAACUGACGGCGGAAGGGAAAUGCAGGGAGCCCUCUCCCAGGCACCACUCAACUCCCUGUGCAGACCCCGCAGCCAAGCGUAGCAGAAUAAUGGAGACCAGGGCUCCGACAGCAGAACGCGGGCCGGGAGAAACCCUGGCAGCCUCCUCCUCCAACAGCGAGCCACAAGACAGGAAAGAGAGCGAGGCUGCGACGACCAGACUGGUCACUCUGGACGAGGUGAGCGAGGGGGAGGAGGGGGAUUACACCUAUGAUGAAGUCAAGGUGCAACCAGGACUCACUGGAGUGAAGGACCCCAAGGUGCUGGUGACUGUGGAUGAGGUGGAGGGAGGAGAGGGAGAAGGAGUGGGAGACCUGCUAGCUCUGGUCACCCUGGAUGAGAUUGUGGACCAGGAGGAGGAUGGAGAUGGGGGAGAAUCUGGGGCCUGUCUUCCUGCUGAGCACUCCCUGGUCACUUUGGAUGAGACGCAAGAUGAGAAGGAAAAUGCCUUGAGGCAAGAGGAGAGCUGUCCUCCCCCCUCUGCAGACACCAGCAAUCUGCCCAAGGGAGGAGACAAGUACACUAUAGAAGACUUGAGCUUUGUCACUGUGGAUGAGCUGGGAGAGGAGGAAGAGGAGAAAGCUCAAGCAACACCACCUGCAGCUAAAGCAGUAAGAAAAUCCAUCCGAGCAAAAACUGGGAGGGCAGCUUCUGAGAUGAAAGAGGAGGAUAUGGAAACAGAGGGAGCCAAGUCUGCAGCAGCGUCUGUGAGCAAUGCUCCUCCUGAGUCUGUGGUAUCAGCACAGGAGAGCGAGACUGGAGAGUGCGCUUCCACUAGAACAAUGACAGAGAACGAAGAAAAAGUGAAAAUUGAACCAGACCCAACGCCUCUGUCUGUGGGCGAGUCCAGCAAUGAACUGCUUGAUAAAACAGAGCCCUGUGAGGAGAUGGCUCUCAUUGAUGCUGAAAAGUGCCUAGAGUCUAAAGUGACAGAGCUGGAGACGAAGCGAGAGGGGAGCCCUGCUGCCAAACAGGAAGCUCUGAUCAAACAAAGAACUGUGGUUGCCAACCAGUCCCCUGCCAUAAAAACAUCUGGGAAAGAUUCCAAGCUCAGAAGAGAUGCAGUUAAGGAAUUGGAAGCCAAACGAGGCCGAUCGGCCUCCCCCCACGAUGAUCGAUUCAAGAUGCCUCCGUUCAGCAAAGACAAUCCCAUUGGCUUGGAGUUUGUGGUCCCAAAGGCAGGAUUCUUUUGCCAGCUAUGCACUUUAUUCUAUGCCAACGAGGAGGUGGCAAAAAAGAACCACUGCAGCAGCCUAAGGCACUAUCAGAAUAUGGGGAAGUACAUGAUGAAGCAGAGAGCGCAAGCCAGCUCAGAGUCAAGCAAAGGAGGAAGUUCAAGUUGAACAUUUCAUUUUUCACUUUUUUUUUUUCUCCCCAAUUCAUUUAUGGGUGCAGAUUAAUGGUGUCACUGUACAUUCAUUUUGGACUGCAGACAUUUUUUUUUGCCAUACAUUAAUGGAGCAGUCUUUUAUUGAAGCACUGUCGGGCUGUUAAUUUGUUUUAGUGCACAAAUGAACAUUCCAUGUACAUUUUUGUAUUUGUUUUGUUUGCCUUAAGCUCUAUAUUGAACACAACAGCAAUCACCUUGCAGUUAUCUCCUUGCGAAGUCCGGUAAUACUUUACAUUGUGUCUCUACUGUGUAUUUACAUAGUAAAUACAUGUGUACUUUAACAAAAUUACAAUGAUAUUGUGCAUAGUUACACUGUACUUAAUGUGUAAAUAUUGUACUAUAUACAGUCAAUUAUCUGAUCUUUGAUCAACCGUACUGUCUAAUCAACUGAAGGCACCUGUAAUCAUGUGGUGAAUUGUGUGGUGUAUUACGCACACAGCUUCUGUUGCUGAAACGGCUAUGAGAUGUCGCUGAUAAAGUACUGAGGCAAAUUAGUUACAGAAUUAUUCAGACUACCAAAACCUCAGGUGGAGCAUUGUGUGCUUUUAAAUUGUUGCAGUUAAGCAAAUUUAAGCAGUCUCCUCGUUCUUGAUUGUUCUUCUAUUUCAUCAGUAAGGGCUGGAGAUCCUGCCUGUUAUUGAGCAGAGAAGAUAUUUUAUUUUAUUCAUUCCAAUUGCACGUUAUUACAAUACCUUAACAGCAAGUAUCAAAGUAUGGAAACAUUUGACUGAAAUAUAAGCUUAAUGAUUCCUAAAUUUCUGUAAUGUCAGUUUUACUGAAUUGUAUUUAAUAUUCAAAAUCUGGUAUAUGGUAUGUUUGAUUUACCUUAACUGCAGGUUUUACUGAAUUGCAUUAAUUAAUGAUUUGUAAAGCUUUGUAAUUUUGUAUGCUUAAUGUGAUAGAACAGGUUACUAGCUAUAAAUCAUCAGUCAGUACUUGUGUGUGUUAACUUUAUUCUAUACAUUUAUUAAAGGUACAGUAAUUAAUACCUGUUUGAUUAUCCAUACAAAUCGAUUAUGCGAACUAGUAUCGGCCCCAAAGUAUCGGUUAAGUCAUGCAAAUCAAUUGACAUGUUAAGUACAUUGUAACUAUGCAUAAUAACAUUGUAAUCAUUUGCAAGUACACAUGCAUUGACUAAACUAUCACAGAAGUACAAAGUAAUUAGAGACAGGUAAUGCAAGUUCUGCCUAGAAUAGCAGUCAUUGCAGCAUGUGUACUCACGUUGUACUUUAGAAUCAGGGUUAACCAGCACCAUCUGUUGACUACAGUAGAAACCUGAUUCACACUUUAUUUUCCCUAUUUCUUACAUUCAGUAUAUUGCUUGCAAUACUCAGUGAACAUGAGUAUUCUAAAGUCAGAAUUUGUGUAUGACUUAAGAAUCCCUCCCACCCCUCUAGUUCAUUUGAUUGCUUCCUCCUAUGAUCUGCACAUCACUGAAGGACAAUGCAUACUUUAUCUGAGAAGCAAUGUGAACUUCAAUUUUACCUUGCUUCAUUGUAAAAGUAAUUUCAUUGGUCUGGUCUGAAAUAAGCUGUUAUUUGUCUUGUCAGUAAUAAAAGUAUUUCCAUAAAUUUAGGAAUUGUAU